ACUGGAAUGGAAAGGAAGGGUAACAAAAAAUCACUGGAGCUAAAUCUAUGAUCAGCAUGAGUGUCAGCGAGCAGUGCUGGAGUGAUGAGGAAUCAGAUGGGGACAGUGACUGUGAAAACAUCAUCUAUGGAGCACAGGGUAAUUAUGCUGCUGAUCUGUAUUGCCACCCACAAUUGGACACAGAUGUUGGAGCGGUGAAGGAUAUCUACUCUGACAGCGCUGUUGGUGUAAGGGAGUAUGAGGCAAUUGAUGAUGUGGACAUUGACUUGCACAUCAACAUCAGCUUUUUAGAUGAGGAGGUAGCCUCAGCAUGGAAAGUCAACAGGACGGAACCUAUUGUUCUACGCCUUCGAUUUUCUUUGUCUCAAUACUUGGAUGGACCAGCGCCAACAGUGGAAGUGUUCCAGCCUUCCUGUAAAGAUAGCUUCAGUGUUGGCAUACAGCUCAAGAGAAUUCUUAGCACAUUCAUAUCAAAUCAGUGGAAACACCUCAGCAAUGAAUUUUUGAGAACUCAGCAGAAGAAGAGACAUAGCUGGUUCAAAGCUGGAGGAACAAUCAAGAAAUUCCGGGCUGGCCUCAGCAUCUUCACACCAAUAGCCAAGUGUCCCAAUGUACCUCUGAUCCAGGGCCCUGGAGAGAAGGGGAGGACAUCAGGACCUGAGCCAAGAGUGAGCCGCCUUAUGAGCCGCAGUGUCUCGUGUACUAUGAAGAUGCCAAAAGGAGACUUACUCACGUAUGCUCCCAACGGACAGAAUGUGGCAGUCCCUGGCUCCAGAUCCACAGUUCAGAUCACCACCAAGCAGCUUAUUGAGCUGUUUUUCUCUUCACAAGCUCUACUACACUGCAAAAGUAUUCCUACUCUGGAAUAUGGUUUUCUUGUGCAGAUUAUGAAGUACUCAGAACAGAGAAUACCCACCCUGAAUGAGUACUGUGUGGUCUGUGAUGAGCAGCAUGUCUUUCAGAAUGGCUCCAUGCUCAAGCCAGCAGUGUGUACAAGAGAGCUGUGUGUGUUCUCCUUCUACACACUGGGAGUUAUGUCGGGGGCGGUUGAAGAUGUGGCAACAGGAGCCGAGGUGGUUGAUUUGCUGGUAGCAAUGUGCAGAGCUGCUCUGGAGUCAUCUCGUAAAAGUAUUAUAUUUGAUCCCUAUCCAUCAGUGGUUGAUCCUUUUGAUCCCAAGGCUUUGGCCUUUAACCCGAAGAAACGAAGCUAUGAUAGGCUGCAAAAAGCACUGGACAGCAUCAUGUCAAUAAGAGAAAUAACACAAGGCUCAUACGUAGAGAUAAAGAAACAGAUGGACAAAUUGGAUCCGCUUGCACAUCCUCUGUUACAGUGGAUUAUAUCCAGCAAUCGAUCUCAUAUUGUCAAGCUGCCUUUAAGCAGGCAACUCAAGUUCAUGCACACUACCCACCAGUUUUUGUUGCUCAGUAGCCCUCCAGCUAAAGAGGCUCGAUUCCGCACAGCUAGGAAACUAUAUGGCAGCACAUUUGCCUUUCAUGGUUCCCAUAUAGAAAACUGGCACUCUAUUCUACGAAAUGGACUAGUUAACGCCUCCUACACAAAGCUGCAGCUGCAUGGGGCAGCCUAUGGGAAGGGCAUCUACCUCAGUCCCAUCUCCAGCAUCUCUUUUGGAUACUCAGGGAUGGGUAAAGGACAGCACCACAUGCCCUCAAAGGAGGAGCUAGUACAUCAUUAUAACAGAGUCAACACCAUCUCACAGAGUCUCCCAGUGCAGUCGAGGUUUCUUCAGAGUCGGAAUCUCAACUGUGUCGCUCUUUGUGAGGUAAUCACAUCCAAAGAGCUCCAGAAACAUGGAAAUAUUUGGGUGUGUCCAGCGCCUGACCAUGUCUGCACACGCUUCUUUUUUGUGUAUGAGGAUGGUCAGGUGGGAGAUGCAAACAUUAACACGCAGGAUGUUCGAAUUCAGAGAGAGAUCUUGCGGGUGAUUGGGACACAAUCAAAUUGAACAUCAUGAUUUGACUCUGAAAAACUGAGGAAAGAUAGAAUUAACCCUGCAGUGGGUUAUUGUCAUGCCUCUGAUCGCUGUUGCCAAAUUAUAAAGUGGUUAUGAUGAAGGGAACUUUUUACAUUUUUUUAAUAAGGUUGUUUUUAACCUGUUUUUUUAGCACAUUCCACCUUUCUGUGUUCCUGUGUGUGUGUGUGUGUGUGUGUGUGUGCGCGCUUUUUUUAAUCUUGACAGCAUUCCUCUGAUUACCAAUAUAUUAAAAAAUACCUCCCAUGUGUCCAAUUAGGGUCUCUGUUGCCACAUUCAGGAACUGUCAAUGUUAAUGAGCAGGUCCAAUUUAUUUGUUGUCCCAUGAUUCUGAAAACACAUUUCUAACACUGAAGUUGUUGUUCUUAGAUGAAAAAGGUGCUACAUUAGAUGUCAGCAUAAAAG